GUACUCCGUACACUCCUCUCCAACAACUACAAACUAUUCCAAUCCCACUACUCCCACUUCAGUCCUCCUCCUGUCCGUUCCCGGGGGAGAACCCCCGGACCCCCCUUUCUUUCAGCUUCCUGGGAAAGCGCAGCCCUAAGUUCUACGUGGAAACCCGCUGACGGAGACCCCGCAGACAUCCGCUAUAUACUAACUACUCCUCUCACCUCUCAACCUCACCACCUCAAAAACACAUCCAUCAAUCGAUCCUCAAACAAUGGCACCCUUAACUCUCCCCCCAGCAUUCGCGCAAAUCCCGCGCCAUCCCCUCCUCUACCCCCACCCAUCCCCAAUCCACCCCCUCCCCGCCCUAACCAAACACCUUCUCCCCAAACCCCGACCCCAAACCCAAAUAACCCUGCACGCCAAACGCGAAGACCAAGCCUCCCCACUGGCCUGCUCCGGCAACAAAUACCGCAAGCUCGAAUACCUCAUCCCAGACAUCCUCUCGCCCGCCCCGCAAUACGGGGGACUGGGCCCCAGCCCCGAGCGGGGGAGUGCAUGUGCACCGGCACCACCGCCAUCAUCAAGCUCCACCCCUCCAAAACCAACCCUAAUAACAGAAGGCGCCCUCCAAAGCAACCACACCGUCCAAGUCGCCGCCCUAGCCACCCACCUCAACCUCUCCGCCGUGCUGUGCCUCCACAAAACCACCGGCGGCGGAUGGCGCACCGCGCCGGACCCGCGCGCCUUCGCGCGCAUCGGCAACGUCCAGCUCGCGAAGCUCCUUGGCGCAGACGUCAGACUGCUCGACUCGGCGAAUGUCCAGGCCAAGAAGGAAGACUCAAACGCCGGCGGCGGCGGCAACAACAACAACAACAACCCCGACAACGACCCCAUCGCAUCAAUCAUGCACACCCUCCGCACCCACGAGGGCAAGAUCCCCUACUGGAUCCCCUCGGGAGCCAGUCUGCACCCCCUCGGCGGAUUGGGGUACGCGCGCGGUGCGUUUGAGAUUGCCGCGCAGGAGGGAGAUGCCCCACAGCACGCCGAAUCUUGGCCGAAGUCACGGUACGACUAUAUCUUCGUCGCCUGCGGCAGCGGAAGUACCCUGGGCGGAUUGAUCGCGGGGUUCAAGUUGCUCGAGAAGGUAGAGGGACAACAAUCACGAGCAACCGCAGCAGCAGCAGCACGGCAGCAGCAACAGCCCCGCCCACCCCGCAAGAUCAUCGGCGUGCUCACGUCGCCCACCAGCCCCAGAGCCUACCACGAGGAGCGCGUGCUGCGGUUCGCGCGGCAGGCGGCCGAGUUGAUCGGGUUGGAUGAUCCGCAGCGCGAGAUCACGGCGGCGGAUGUGACGCUCGAGGAGCGGUUCGUGGGUGCCGGGUACGGGGUGCUGGAUGCGGAGACCAAGCAGGCCAUGAACGUGGUGGCGCACACGGAGGCCGUCGUCCUCGACCCCGUGUAUACGGCCAAGGUGGCGCGGGCGAUGAUGCAUUGGGUGGGGUCGGGCGAGUUGGAGGAGGAUUGGCGGCGGCGGAGGGGGAGGGGAAAGUCUGAAACUGGGCCUGGGAAGCUCGCGGAGGAGCCCGGCGACGCGGUGAAUGUGCUGUUUAUACAUACCGGGGGCCAGUCGGCGUUGAGUGCGUAUGCUGAUGCUGAGUGAUUUACCUAGUCCUGAAGAGUGGUGGACUGUUGUAGCGUUAUGUAGCCUGGACCACGACCUGGAUUAGAUACACGGGUCAUACGAUGAACUAGCACGGUAUACGAACAAGCACGGGUAUACAAGACUAGAAAAUGAUAAUACCAUGAAG